AUGCGCGGGCACCUCUUUUGGGAGAGAAGCAGCCGCCAACAGCAGCUACAGCAAACACCCUCCGAAAGCCGUCCCAACCAAGAACCAUCCUCCCCCAGCCCACCGGGCCCCCUUAACUUCUUAAAUCCACCCCCUUCCCGGUCAGUCCCCACCAACAGGAAACAGCCGGAUCAACCCCCCUCUCCACUGCCCCCCCGGGAACUGGGCAGCCUUCCCAGGAACCCCGGGGUGCAAAAUCCCAAAUGCCCUGCCAACCCGGCGGGCCCGUGGGGUCCCCCUCCCACCCCCCCCCCCCCCCCUUCUGCGGCCCGGGAGAAAAGGAGGUUUGAAAACCCGGGGCGGACGGACCACACCCGCCCACGGAGAAAGAUGUUCCCCUGA